AAGAGUCCUCGUAGUCAUAACCAAAAUAGAGAGACGUGUCAGCAACGCAAAAGAAGAAGUUCCAAAUCCGUUUGUCGUCUUCUUCGCCAAUCGCCGCCCCCAGCCGGACCGGCAGCAACCGUGUCGAUGACUCAGUGAGCGCGUUAGGGUUUAGAAAUCGGAUUCGAGCGUUUCUGAGAUUGGAGAUGUCUCUGAGAAUCAAAAUUGUGGUGGACAAGUUCGUCCAGGAGCUCAAGGAAGCUUUGGAUGCCGAUAUCCAAGACAGAAUCAUGAAGGAGAGAGAGAUGCAGAGCUACAUCGAAGAGCGCGAACGCGAAGUCGCCGAGCGCGAAGCUGCUUGGAAAGCCGAGCUCUCUCGCCGCGAGGCAGAGAUUGCCAGGCAAGAAGCAAGGCUGAAAAUAGAGAAGGAAAACCUUGAGAAAGAGAAAAGCGUUCUAAUGGGAACUGCUUCGAAUCAAGAUAACCAGGAUGGAGCUCUUGAAAUCACCGUAAGCGGUGAAAAAUACCGGUGUCUCAGGUUUGCGAAGGCAAAGAAAUGAGCCAUUAGAAAAAGGAAGGCUGAAGAAAGAAGCCAACAAAUGCCCCAAGUCUUGUGAUUUCAUAUCAUUCAAUACAAAUGUGGUUCUUUCUGCGAAAAUGGAUUAAGCAAUAUUGAGAGUUGAGUUUCGUAUCUAAGCAAUAUUGUACAUUAGUGAUUCCUUUUUUUAAAGAGUCAAACUUCUCCUUGCGUUGCGGAUGGGUCA